AUGGCCAAGGCCCCAGAGGAGGACAUAUUGGAUCUGCUGGAGCAGUGCGAACUGGACGAUGAGAAGCUGAUGGGCAAAACCUCCAAGCAACGAGGCCCGAAGCCAAUGACAGCCAUGCCAGAAAGCAGUCAGACUCCCAGACGUCAGCGGCCGGACUACCUGGCUGACUUCACCAGUGGCAGCAGUGGCAAUAACUCCUGCUCCUCCUCAGAUGAAGAAGAGGAGGAGAGGAGGAAAGCAGGAGGAGGAGAGAAGAGGGAGAAGAAAGUUUCCUAUGACCUCGGGGAGAGCAAGGAGAAGAACUUGUCUGAGCGCUCAGGUAAACCAGUACAAAAGUGUCUGACGAUGUCUUCAUUAGGAAGCCAGACUGUGGGGGUUUGA